GUCAUUUACUACAUUCAUUUGUUAUACUAGGUGGAACACAUAUGUUUUUCAACAUAUUUUUGUUGCAAAUAAGUUAAUAAUGAAUGGAAAAUGAAGUUUCUGUUCAUACUUUUCUUAAAGUAUACAGUGUAAUUAGGAGAAAAUGUGCUUUUUUAUAAAAGUUUUACAGUCAUUCUGCAUUACGUGAAGAUCAAAUAGCUGCAAUAAUGGCGACCGCGUACGUUAAUGAAAGUGUUAUUAACAUUUAUGAUAAAAUAGAUCACAGUGAACUAAAGAAAACUGAUUCUAGCACGGAUAACUGUGACACUUUAGAGACAAACAGCCGAAAUGAAGUGUAUCAAACCUUAGAUUUUGAAACCUCGAAGCAAGAGGUUGCCAACGUAACAAUGAGAUUGAAAUUACGGAAGAAAGCGAUAUGUGCGUUUCGUAUUAUUCUGACAGUCGUAGUUAUUGCUACACUUGUUGCUGUCAUCAUCAGCUUUACAAGUACAGCAGAACAUGUGAAUGAAGGUUGGAAUUCUUGGACAGACUGGGGAUCAUGCUCCGCCGAUUGUGGUAUAGGAAUGAAGAUUCGUAACAGAACAUGCACAAAUUCAAAUCCACAGGGGACUGGAAAUUACUGUCAAGGACAAAGCGUUGAGAAUGCAUUAUGUUUCCUCGGUCCAUGUGCGAAACCUAGCUGGUCAGACUGGCAGAAUUGGAGUAACUGUAGCGCUGUUGUGUGUGGUGUUAGUUCCCGAAGGCGAUCUCGCACAUGCUCAAACCCAAGCCCUGCGUUGUUUGUAUCAAAAUGCAAGGGGAACUCCACGGAGAUUGACUCAUGUCGUGACACAUUUUGUGAUAUAAAUAAGUGCGCCUCACCACCUUGUUUGCAUGGUUCUUGUUCUGACCUUGAUACUGGAUUAAGCUGCUCAUGCUUCGCCGGAUACAGUGGAGCGACUUGCCAAACAGAUAUUGAUGAUUGCGCCUCAAAGCCUUGUUUGAAUGGUUUUUGUAUCGACUUAGUGAAUGGAUAUAAUUGUUCCUGUGUUGUGGGGUACACCGGAUUAAAUUGUGAAUCGGAUAUUGAUGAGUGCCGUUCAGAUCCAUGUCUUGGCGGAACAUGCAUCGACGGUAUAGGUAACUACAAUUGUUCUUGCCGAGACGGAUAUUUUGGUAUUAACUGCGAAAAGGUGUUAUCGGACUGUUUCGACAUAUUUCUCGACGGGAACAGUGCUGACGGGAUUUAUACAGUCAAAACAUGGAAAAGUCAACAGCUUAUUAAAGUGUACUGUGAUAUGACCACUGAUGGUGGAGGUUGGACGGUACUACAGUACCGAUAUGACGGGACGAUAGAUUUCUACAGAAACUUUUCUCAAUAUGAGACAGGAUUUGGAGAUUUGAACACAGAAUUUUGGCUGGGCUUAAGAUAUAUCCAAGAGCUAGCCAGUCAAAGUCGAACAAGUUUACGUAUUGAUUUAGAAGCUGCAAAUGGCACGAAGGCAUUUGAAAUAAUUAAUAAUUUUUCCCUUUCUCCUGGACCGGCUUAUACACUGCAUCGUGGAUCAACUAUACAGUUCUUGCGAAUUUCAGACAUAAGCUGGUUUGCACGACACAAUGGCAGUGACUUUUCUACCUAUGACCAUGAUGUAGAUUCCUCUACGGUUAAUUGUGCCGUUGAUUGUCACGGUGCAUGGUGGUAUUUUAAUUGUUUUACAGCUAAUUUAAAUGGCCAAUACCUGACACCGGGGACAAAAUCCGGAAGGGGUAUGGUUUACAACAGUUUCAUCCUUUCCGAAUCUUUGAAAACCAGCAAGAUGAUGAUGAGAAGAAAAUGAAAGGAAAUGUUGGUUUUUCGAAACUUUUGAAUCGUAUAAUUGGACGGCGAUCCAAUUACUUAUAUAUAAGAAGUUGAAUGUGUAUCAAGCUUCUGAAAAAUAAGAUACUUUGAUAGUAAUGUUAUGAUCUUUUCACUUGUGGUGUUUUGCAUUUACUACAACGAUGGGACGUAUUAUGAUAUACAUUUUGAGCCGCUGCAUUUAGAGAUAUCGUUGGAGUAUAAACAGCCGGAAUAAAUAGAAGUUAAUAGCUUUCUCUUCGAAAUUCUCAACUUCAAAAGCAGAAAAUCCUCAUUAAAUAUACUUAACUUACAACAUACAUUUAAUUGUGUUUGUAGAGCUACCUUCAUAAAUAAAUCUCAUGCAGUAAUAGCUGAUGUGUUAAAUAAACUUCCAGUUUGUAGAUGUUAUGUACAUUUACACUUUUUUGAGCCAUACAUGUACACAGCAUGUAGUAUUUUAGCCUACAUAUAGUACUGUUAAUGCAUUUUAACCUGUUAAUUUUAUUUUAACCUAAACGAAAUAUGUAGUAUUUGUUCAUGAUUGUAAAUAUGACAUAUUAUAAGCGUCUAGUAUACAUCUUAUAAACUGAAAAUUAUUCAAAAUACAUGUACUUAAAAAACAUAGAUCUUUGACAAUUUGAUGUCAUGAUAACUGUUUACACCG